AUGUACAUUAUACAAACUACAACCGCCAUAUUUAUCGCGUUCCUGGCCCUUGUUGCAUGGAGUGAGGUCCGGAAUCGUCUAGCAAAGGGACGCUCAAGAAGUAAAGAUCCCGAAGCUCCAGACAGUCUGAGAAGAUUGUCGUUCAAAGGAUGGAGGUUGAGAAAUGCUGAGAAGAGUCCGCAAGUCGUCGCCACCCAGGAAAAGCAACCUGUCAUCGAGCCAAGCCGGAGUUUGGCUGCCCUGGAAGAAUCAGCUGAGCUGAAGACGUACAAACAGCUUUACUAUAAGCUCCACAACCUCGAGCAACAUCCGGAGAUCCUGCCUGAGUGUCUCGAGCUUUUUGUUUCAUUACUGGCGUCCACAAUUAUUGAGGCACGCGAAAGCACAGGCAGCACUAUUUUGGUCGUCGACACAUUCUCUCGUAGACGCUUGGACCAAUUUCUGAAGGCCAAAGAUGAAGAUUGCACCAGUCGUUGGGAAGCGUAUUUGUCUCGCCGUAAAGCAGGAGGUUCUCGCGAAAUUUUUGGCGACAAGAAGGAAGCUAAAUGGUGGCUGAAGCAGGCGGCUCCGGUCAAGUACGUCGAUGGUGCUUGGCUUGGACAUAUCAAUAAGAUCACCACGCCGUUCAAGUACCGUAAAAUUACCAAGAAUGCGUGGCAGGUGAUGUCAGAGGAGCUUGGAGAUGGUGACCUGGCCAAGAAUCAUGUGUACGUCUACCGACAACUGAUGGACGACAUCGAUGCCAAACUCCCUGCCGCGGAUUCGGAAGACUUUAUCGACCCUCGCCACCAGCUGGACCAGACCCGCUGCUGGAAGGCUGCCAUGGCUCAGCUGCUUAUAUCGCUAUUCCCGCAUGACUUUAUGCCAGAGUCUCUAGGUUUCAACAUGGCCUAUGAGAGUCUGCCCUUACAUCUGCUCAAGACGGUCAAAGAGCUCCGCGAAGUUUACCUCAACCCAUACUACUUUGAGCUGCACAUCUCGAUCGAUAACGCAGACUCGGGCCAUGCGGCGAUGGCGAUGGCUGCAGUUUCCGACUACAUUGAUCUUGUAGAGAAGGAGGAGGGCGCCGAAGCUGCCCAUAUUGCCUGGAGACGUUGCCAAGCUGGAUAUAUCCUUGCGGAGGGUCUGCCAACAACACCUGAGAGUCCGUCGCUGAAGGUUGAGCCGGAGAGUCCCUUUCCUCGCACAGAAAUGGAAGGUACUCUGCUUGACAUCUUCGCCGCGAAGACCUUCGUAGCACACAAGAUCCAUUGCAACAGCCGCCUGAAGAUUGGUUGUCGGUCUCUGAUCGACUGGCUUGAGCCAAGGGCUUUUGCUGAUAAGCAGUGGCAGAAAGAGUUUCUCGUCGACCUGGGCAACUGCAAGCCCUGGGUCAUCAAAGGCGAUAGCGAAAAGAGUAGGCUCGUGAGAGAGCUAUCUUGGGAGGGCAAGAUGUUCGGUAGCUUCACCCAGAACGAGGUUGGGGUUGUGAAGGCCUGGAUCGAUGAGCUUGGUGCACCUAUACAGACACCCAAGUCCGACCCGAGUGUCUACUACAACUUCACGAAGCAGUCGCCCAAGCUUCCAGCAGCGGCAGCUUCCACUGAUUUAGAUGUCCUGGUUGACUACCCCACCCUCUCGCGUCUGGACAUGUUGAACAUCGCAGUCGAAUCGAAAGUUCCCAGCGCUAUGUCUUAUUCCGGGCUCAGGCUGAACAAGACGAAACUGCUCAACCUUUUGCCUCUUUGGUUCACUUCACCCACUCUUCUCGAGUCUCUACCAUCUGUACCAGUCCGUGCAGCAGACGCUUUCGGCUCUGCGCUUGUUCGAGUUUUGCGCGCGCAAACAGGUUUCGAUGUUGAAGGCCAAGGUGUAGCAGGCAUGGACGAGGUGCACCGCACCGACAACGGCGAGUCGUUCGGCAUCAUCGAGCUGGGUUUGGAAAUCUGCAGCCGAGCAAACAUCCGCGUUCCAACGAAUUUGAAGGAGGUCGUGAGCAUGGGUAAUGCAGAGUCAGUUGCCUUCUCGCAAAGCAUGGUUGGUUUAUCGAUGCGGUGGUUGUCGCAGCGAGACGUGCUCAUUGGCAUGUCGUGGGCUUUCAUCGAGUUGCAUGAAGCGAUUGCCAGACUCGAGGAGGAUCAAGCAUUGUUAAGCUCAAAAUUUGCGACGAUGCUUGAGGGUAUUGCUCAGAGGGAAAGGUCGGGCUUGAACAUCUGCAAGGAGGAGAUCGAGAUGAGUGAGCAGAGGAGAGUGAACUUCGAAAGAGGACUCGCGAUUGCUCGAAGAGCCGUAGCCUGUGUUCUUUCGUAG